AUGAUCAGCAGGAUACUUAUGAAUAUAAUGAUGAUGCAAAGCAUCUUUGCUAGAGUAUCAGUGGAAGACAUAAAGACAGUGAGCGAGACUUUGCAUGGCAAGAAGCAAGACGUGAUUAUUAAUCCGGCCGGACCACUAAAUUUAUUGCGUGGAUAUAUUGGACAGCGCAACGGAUACAUGCACAACAAACGGUUUUAUUCUCCUGAGAUAGAUAUAAACUAUUCUAUGAAAGAAAAAGUAGCAUCUAGUGCAGAUGAACAAGAGUAUGAUUUUACAAGAAUACCUGUCAAUGACGAAUUUUACAAAGAUUUGGAUACAAGCAGUGCCUCUGGCAAGUAUCUUAGUGCAUAUUACACUCAACUUAUAAAAAUGUUUCCGUCUGCGGAUGGAAAUCUUUCGAUUGAGGCAGGAAGGCCAAAUGCACUUACAAACUUCCUAAGAGCAGAUCAUGUUAAAAAAGAUGCUAAGUACAUUCUUGCUUCACUUCUUCUUCUUUCAGAGGGCGUUGACAUCAAAAUAGCGGUAGACCAUGCAGGAAAGAAAAAUAAGCUGGUGAUAAAAAGUAAGACAUGCAAGGACAGAGAGUUUGUGAAUAUAGAAAUGCAUAUGGAAGGCAUAGACCCAGUUACUAAGGAGUAUAAAGAUGAUAUUUACCAAAGUGAAGCAACAGGAAUUAUUAAGUUCUAUAUGCAGUGCAGAGAUAAUUUACUGCUAAAGAAAGGGGGCGAAUUUGCAAUGCCAACUACCAAAGAAGAGUUUGAGAGCGGGAAAUUUCUGAAUAACCCGGGGUUCCUUAUACAAACGUACAUAUACGAGUUUAUUGACACCGUAGAAAGCUAUAUAGAUUUUGUGAAUGCAGUGCAUGAAUUACUGGUUGAUCAAAUAACUGAAAAAAGCAACCCAGAUAAUGAUACUAAGAAGAAAGGGAAGAAGGACCGAAUAUUCAAUAAUUUCUUCCUACCAAAAGAUGCACAUGGUGAAAGUAUAAAGUACAUUGCAUCUUUCUGUGACCUUAUCCAGACCACAAAUGCAGAUGCCAAAUUUCCAUUCUACAAUUCUAGUCAGCUGCCGCAGUAUACUCGAGUGCCGCGUUGCAAGCUGGAUAAAUCUGGCUUUGAAGAAAACCAAGCAUUAUACUACAGCAACUGCGUAGAGGCAACCCUUCUAGGGAUAUUCUGCUGCCUGGCAUAUAAUCCAGACACCGGAAAGUACCAAACCAGCCACAUGGGAGAAGAAAUUAGUAAAGAAUGCAGGGAAUUCUUUAAAAAGUACUCUAUGCCUACUGAAACCACAGACUUUGAAAUGCAUAGGGAUUGGAGUAAAGUUGUUGCUUGUUUGAAUAACGAUGAGAUCGACUAUAAACAGGAAAGGAACGAACUUCGCUCUGGAAUUGCAAAUAUAUUUCUGGCAAUUUCAGAAAUAACAGGACAGAAGGCAGACAUACUGGAGCUAGUUCAGUAUAUAGAAUCUGCAUGCAAAACACGAAAAUUAGAUUCAGAUGAGAAAGAUUAUAUUGAAAAUAAGAUUCAAUCAAUCAUUAGAUCUCUGUCACAGAAUGAUGAUGUUGUUGUAAACUGCAAAAAGAUGAGGCUUGAAGUGAGGUCAAAUGGCAAACCAGAUCUUUUCUCUGAAAUUAGCAUUUGCUAUACUUCUGAUGAUGCAGAAAAUGGAAUUUCUUUGGAUGUAGAAAAAGGGCAUGCAAGUCUUACUCUUCUUAAAUUAUCACAAUCUAACUCAGAAGAUAUUCAAAACAGCUAUGAAGGAGUAGGAAAUGUUUACAGUGAUAUGAAAGGCUAUACAGGAUGGAUUGUUGCUCAUUACAUUGAGAUGGAAUUGAAUGCUUUACGACUUUCAGCUUAUGAGGUCUCAAGUAACUUUGAAGAAAAAGUGACUGAAAUUAUUAAAAAUGGCUCUGAGAACAUAUGUAAAAUAUUCUUGCUUGGAAAGCUCAUAGAUAUUAAACAUAAAGCCCAUAUUAUGGAGAGUUUUUUAAUCUAUACCAUAGAAAAUGACGUAGGAAAGGAAAAUCCUCUAACUCGCUGGACUUCAAACAUCUUGGGAAGUGUUUCACUCAAUGAUCCUGCCACCCUAUUUAAACUAAUACGGUUCUUCUUCUUUCAUUCUAGAUGGAAGGAAUACUAUCCAAAGCUUGCAUAUAAUAUUUCCAAUUUUACAGAUCGAAACAUCAUUAACUCUCUUGAUAUUUCCUAUAUAUAUAGGCUGAUAUUAAAAUACGACUCUAUCACUCUUGCAGUCAAAGCACUGUGCAACUAUCUUGAACUAACUAUGGAUAAUAGAAAUAUUCAUUAUGCAUUAUUACACUUCUCAGAAGUUAGAAAAGUGUUUAUUCAUAUGAUGUAUAAAAACAAAAUAAGCUACUUAGCAGAUAUUCACUCUACACUUGAAGCAACAAAGCACAAAAAGGAUCUGAAUGUUCUUAACUCAAUAUACAUUCCCUGGUUUAUUUCUGCAUGUGAACAUAAUGACAGAUGCACUCCCGAGUUUUUUAGAAUGGCUUACAGCUUUAUCAACUUUGAUAUUUUGAAUACUAAAGAUAACUUCAAAUCAGGGCUAUACGAUGAAGUAAUGCUAGAUGCAAUUAUAUAUGUUUUAAAAGUAAAAAGGAGUGUUCUAUGCUCAGAGGAUGACUACAAAAGUGUAAACAACUAUAAUAGAUUGCUAGCAUACUUUAUAUCAUCUAUAUCAUCUAGAGAUUAA